ACCAGGCGUCCUCUAUUAAUGGCACACUCUACUAACUGAUAUUGUUUUGAAGUGACCUAUCGAUAGUUCAAAUCUGGUUCAAAUCAUUACUACUAGGGGGACCUAAAAUAUCAAUGUUGACAUUUUAUUUAAAUGACACUGACCACAGAUAACAGAAAACAGAACUAAUUGACACUGACAGCCAGACAUUUUCCUAAUUUUCUGGACUUCAAAAAGAAACAAUUUUUGGAUGUUUAAAAUUUUGUAGAAUUCCAGAAAUGGAGAAAGUUUUACAAAAUACAACGUCCGAUGGUUUUUAUGCAGAAAAUGAACUCAAGAGACAGUUUCAUAUACCUAAACGAAAAUCGGAGGAAAUAUCAACGGAUAAGAAUGUAACAACACCAUAUAACAUGAUGCAAACGCAAACACAUCAAACACCAUUAGCCAAUUCCUAUUACAAUUACUCUUAUGAUCCGGGUACAUCAGCAGCUUAUUAUGGCAAUUAUGCACAGUAUUAUUCUCAAUACCCAGCACCAGGAAAUAUCACUCCAAUAUAUAAAUUUAAUGUUGCACCGCCACCUCCACCGCCUCCACCAGAAAACUCAAUUCCUACAGUAGAUCCUAUUAAACAGAAUAUCUACAAAGCCUUAAAAGAUAUCAAAGAAAAACCGAAGAACUACAAACAGAAUAUUUUUGAAAGUACUGCUCCCGACAUAGCUGAUUCAUCCCUACCCAAAGAUCUCAAGCUUCUAUUUCAACCGUUAUUCUGUAAGCUAUGCACCGCUCAGUUAUCUAGCAACCAGUCUGCGAAGAUGCAUUAUAAGUCGAAGAAUCAUGAGAAAAAAAUCCGCAAAUGGUUAAUAGAGUAUUCAGAAAAAUCUGGUGAGCCUUUACAUAAAAGAGCAAGGGUAUCUAACGAAAAACAAAGUGAGGGAGCUGAUAAAAAUCCAGCCUGGUUUCACUGUGAUGUAUGUGACUUGCAGUUAACUGGGAGACUUCAUGCUGAGUCACAUUAUAUGGGCAAAAAUCACCAAAAGGCUCUUUUAGGGUAUAAAGCACCUGCUGGACAGGGUUACUACGAUGCUACGGGCAAAUGGGUGAGAACCAAUCCUACAAAAUCAAAGUUGUAUAAUUUUGAGAAUGGAGAAGAUAACUUUGGGGCAGCUUUUAAAGCGACAGUACCAAAAACCAGUGCUCCAAGAGAAGUACCAAGUUCCAGCAAAAAAGAAGCAAUACCUACAGCGUUUCAUUGUGACGUUUGCAACAUUAAUACAACCUGUCAGGAUCAGUUAGAUAAUCAUUAUAGGGGACAAAAACACUUGAAAAAAUUGAAACAAUUGGGAAUGACUAAUUACAGUGAGCAGAGGGAAAUCAUUGAAGCUAUUGUUACACCUACUGUAGAAGUGCUGACAGAAAAAGACUUGAACCUGUCAGUGUAUAGAACGCCAUCUGGCGAUUAUUAUUGCCCAAGCUGUAACAGCACUUCGAACUCAGAGGGACAAUUUUUGCAGCACUGGACCAGUAAGAAUCACAUGAAGAAAGCAUCACAGAAAAGAAACAACAAUUAAUUAUAUUAUUAAUGGGUAGUUUUCUAUAUAUUGUUCAAAGUUUAUUUUGUUUUAAAUCCUUUUUCCUUGGAAUUUUAUUAUGAUUUGUUAGGUAUAUUUUUAAUUUGACUUACAAUGACUUACAAUUUAUUACAUUGAAAAAUUCACGCAGAUGUAUAAGAUACACGAAAAAUUUCAAUAAAAAGUACGGUUCAACUGUU